UUAUAUAUCUUCUCUAGCUCUUUAUAUAUAUAAGUAUAUUAUAUAAGAAUAAUCAGAGGAAAUUAUGGAAAGUUUACUUAAGUGUGGAGCUAACUAUGUUCCUCUAAGUCCCAUUACCUUCUUAUCAAGAGCUGCGUAUGUGUACUCAGACCGCACCUCCAUCAUCUACCAAAACACACGGUUCACUUGGAACCAAACUUAUCACCGUUGCCUCCGCCUCUCCUCCGCUCUCCGCUCUCAACUCUACAUCAACAAGAACGACGUGGUAUCAGUGCUGGCACCAAAUAUUCCGGCUAUAUACGAGAUGCACUUCGCCGUGCCAAUGGCCGGAGCGGUGCUGAACACGAUAAACACAAGACUGCAUGCUAAGGACGUGGCCAAAAUUCUGGUUCAUUCUGAGGCCAAGGUUCUCUUUUAUGAUUAUCAAUACAUCAAGCUCAUCGAUGAUAUUAUCGAUCAUUUCAUCUCUAACAAUAUUACUCCCUUACCUCAACUUAUCCUGAUUGACGACAUCGACACCCCCACCGGUGUUGUUCGUCAUGGUAAGUUUGAGUAUGAGGAGCUAAUCGCUAGAGGUGAUCCGAUGCAUGCUCCACAUGUUCUUGAAGAUGAAUGGGAUGCCAUAGCAUUGAAUUACACUUCAGGGACAACAUCAGCUCCAAAGGGAGUAGUGUAUAGCCAUAGAGGAGCAUAUAUAAGUUGCAUGACUCUUCUUCUUCAAUGGGGUGUAGGGAAUGAACCAGUUUAUCUCUGGUCACUUCCCAUGUUCCAUUGCAACGGUUGGACGUUCACAUGGGGCAUGGCCGCACGUGGGGGCACAAACGUGUGCAUCAGGAACACAACUGCUGCUGAAAUGCAUAGAGCCAUCACUCAACACAAGGUCACUCACAUGUGUUGUGCUCCUAUUGUGCUCAAAAUAAUCUCUGAAGGUUGUGAUCAUUGCAACAUGAGUACUACUGCUACUCUUCACCGGAGACCUGUUGUAGAGAUCCUCACCGGCGGUGCUCCGCCACCUGCUGCACUGCUGAAAAAGAUUGAAAAUCUCGGGUUUCAUGUCACUCAUGCUUACGGUCUCACCGAGGCCACGGGUCCGGCGACGGUGUGUGAGUGGAAGGCUGAGUGGAAUGAGCUACCAAGAGAAGAUCAGGCAAAACUGAAAGCCCGGCAAGGGAUCAGUGUGCUCACACUUGCGGACAUUGAUGUGAAGAACUUGGAAGACAUGAAGAGUGUUCCUAGAGAUGGGAAGACAAGAGGAGAGAUUGUGAUCAGAGGGAGUAGUAUAAUGAAAGGUUACUUCAAGAAUGAGGAAGAAACAAGGAAGGCAUUCGUUGAUGGAUGGUUUUUAACAGGAGAUGUUGGAGUUAUUCAUCCUGAUGGUUAUGUGGAGAUAAAGGAUAGGUCUAAGGAUGUUAUAAUCUCAGGUGGGGAGAAUAUUAGCAGUGUUGAGGUGGAGAAUGUGCUUUACUGGCAUCCAGCGGUGGAGGAAACAGCAGUGGUGGCAAUGAAACAUCCUCACUGGGGAGAGACACCAUGUGCCUUCUUGAAAGUCAAGAAGGAGUUUGUUGAAAGAAUUAAAGAAGAGGAGAUAAUCAUGUAUUGCAGGAAAAAUAUGUCCAAGUUCAUGGUGCCCAAGAAGGUAGUUUUCAUGGAUGAGCUUCCAAAGACUGCAACUGGGAAAAUCAUAAAGUCUGAUCUUAGAGAAAUGGCUAAAAGCUUCAAGGUGGCAACAAUGGCCGGCAGGGUGACACAGCAGCAGAAGCAGCAGCAGAGGAGUAAUAAAAGGCUUGGUGAUGAACCUCAAAUUGAACAACAAGUCAUGGCUUUGUCUCGUCUUUGAUUACGUAUAAUUAAUUAUAUUUAUAUUUAUAUAUAUAUAUAUAUAUAUCUAGUGUUAAGUGUAGAAAUUAACAAGGGGGUAUACGUA